AUGAGCACUAAUUAAUAAACUAACACUUAAGAACUCUCAGAUGAAGAAUUUAUGAAACUUCAUGCAAAGCAAUUCUAUAAAACUCAUGGGUAAUUGAUUGGCAGCAAACAGUCCUACAUCCCAGUUCCUAAGGAGAGCAAUCAUGAUGGAAAAUUCACUGAUCACUUAUUAAUGGCCACAAUGUACAGAAAUAAUAGUUUGAAUACAACUUGUGAUAAGGAACGUUGGAUAAAUGGUUCAAAAGAUUGGAUGGAGCAUUUAUAAUGAAAUAUUAAUAUCCUGAAAUUAAUCUAACCGAAUCUUA